CGACUGUACAGCAAGACAUCCAAAAUGCGUUGGCUAACCUUCCUCCUUUGCCUCGUGCCAGCAGCAUUCUGCUCUAAUUUCCCCUGGGAAGAAGUACAGGUGACAGAAAAAGAAACCUCCAACUACCCAGAUAUUGCAUUCGGCAAAGCCAAAGGAGCGAAAUACACCGGCCCCAGAUGCAAAGUCGCACCUGGCGAUGCCGGCUGGCCUUCAACCGAGGAUUGGGACAGAUUUAACCGUACCCUAGGAGGCGUGCUGCUCAAGCCUGUCCCGCCUGGCGCGUCGUGCUACCCGGGUCCCCACCAAGACGCCGAAAAGUGCAACUACCUCCUCACCUGGGCGAGAACAAGCAGGUUCUACAGCGACGACCCUCUGACCGUGCUGACCGAAUGGCCCCAGGGUAGCACCUGUUCCGUGUCCCGGUUUCCGGUGAUCGGGAAUUGCACCCAGGGGGGUUAUCCGGUCUACGUCGUCAAUGCCACGACGGUGAGACAUAUUCAGCUGGCCGUCAACUUUGCACGGAACAGGCACUUGCGGUUGCUCGUCAAAAACGCAGGUCACGACUUCAACGGCAGGUCAACUGGCUUCGGGGCGCUCAGCAUCUGGACACACCACUUGAAGGACUUUGAGUAUCUCCCUCGGCACACUGUCGGCCCUUACACAGGGCGUGUGGUGCGUGUCAGCGCAGGCAUCGAGACGUGGGAGUUGAAGAAUUACAUGAACAAGUAUGGCUUCACCACGGGCGUUCCCGGCGGGGAGACAGUGGGUGCUUAUGGAGGCUGGAUUGCCGGGGGAGGGCACCACGCGCUCAGUUCCGUGUACGGCCACGGAGCGGAUUCUAUUCUCUCAUUUCAGGUGGUGACUGCGGAUGGGAGAUAUCGCAGUGUCACGCCGGACAAGAACGCGGAUUUGUUCUUUGCGAUGCUCGGUGGUGGCGGAGGAACAUAUGGGGUCCUGACUUCAGCCAUCGUCAGGGUGUACCCUCCCACUCCAGUCACGACGUUCAAACUGGAGUUCCACGUCCGGCCGCCCUCCAACACCACCAACACCCUGCCUACCAUACACGACAUCGAAACCUUCUGGGCUGGUGUCUGGCUCUACCAGUCCUUCGCCCGAGAGAUCUGCGACGUGGGUGGGACGCACUACAGCUACGUGCGCAAGCAGUCCAACACAAGCUACACCUUUGACGUCCGCUUCGAACUCCCACACCUGUCCCCCGCACAAAUCUCAACCCUGCUCUCCCCGCUCUACACCCGCCUCGCCACCGACCUCGGCAUCCCCGUCAACCUGACCAUCCCGCCCGCCACCGUCCCCAACAACUCAUCCGCCCAACCCCCCCGGACGGGAACCGGCGCGGGACCGGGAAACACCUACUUCGCCUCGCGCCUGUUCCCGCGCGCCAACUGGGAUAAUGCCACCAUCUACAACGCCACCUUCGCCGCCAUCCGCGCGACGGUCGAGGACGGCGGGUUUACCUUUCACGGCGUCAAUUUCUGGACCCCGUUGUCCGUGGCCGGAUACCCCGGCACACACAAUUCGAUCGCGCAGCACUGGCGGGAAGCCAUCAUGCACGCCGAUGUCUUUGAUGACGGGUUUCGGGCGCUUGGCGGCGGCACCAUGGCGCAGAUGACGGCGGACGAAUUUUAUGAGAGGCAUAAGAUGUUGGAGAAUGUCAUGGAUGGGAUUCGGGGGGUGACGCCGCGGGGAGGAGCGUAUGUCAAUGAGGCGGAUGUGCUGGAGCCGGAGUGGCAGCGGACUUUUUUUGGGGAGCGGUAUGUGAAAUUGGUGAGGGUAAAGAGGGAGAGGGAUCCGUGGGGGCUGUUUUGGGCUGUUACGACGCCCGGAAGUGAGAGGUGGAGGGUGGUGGAGGAGAGGGGGUUGCCGACGCAGAAUGGCAGGUUGUGUUUGACGGGGGUGGAAUAGGGGGCGUUUCCCUCCUUGUACUUUUUCAUUUUGAUAUUCUAUUAUCCUUACUUCCUUUCGUUUUUCUUUUUCCUUCUUCCUUUUUUAUCGUAUUCCUCUCUAUCUUUAUCUUUCUCCUUUUCCUCCUUUUAUCUUCAUUUUAGUAUUUUAACUAUCUUUUUUUCUCUAUCCCAUUUCAGUGGCCCGCCAUAUGUCACGCUAGUGAGCAAACUAGGGUUGGAUUGCGUUAUACGGAUUACACUUUG